UAAGUCUUUCGUUCGGACAGCACAUUCUUUUUUCUAACUGGCCGAUUACUGCCAGUUGUGUGUAAGUGUGAGUGUAAAUCCGUCUUUUAUGUGUCUAAGAGUGCUUAGCCAAAAAAAUGCAGCCCAAGGACCUCGGCAGGUGUCUAUGGAAACUGUUGCAAUUGUUGUUCAAAUAUAAACAAACGAUAUGUGAGUGCUUAACAGCCAUAGUGUGUGUGUUUGUGUGCUAAGCUAGCCGGCUAACGGUAUAUAUGGACUGAUGAUUGGUGAUAAAGUACCAGGCCUGGCCAUAAGAGCUGGAACCGGUUGUCGUCAGUCGGUUCAUAACAUUCUUCGGGCACGCAAUCCAAUAGUUGGGCAGUAAUUCCCAAAAAAGCACAGAAGUCAGUACAGAAACAAAGAUUUUGGAUUCAUUAGAAUGCAGCGAUGCUAUUGUGGCUCGAUGAGCUCGGCGGCGGUGCAGCAUCAACAAAAUUGCUUGCCCUUGCAACAGCAGCAGCAUCUCCGCCAGACGCAUCCACGUGGCGAUCUUAUGUCUGUCACAUCGUCGUCGCGACAAAGUCUUCGGCCCACCCAGUUUGUGAAGCGACCAAGCCUCAAAAGUGCACCCACAUAUGGUUUAGGGCACUCCAAUACUGGACUGGGCAAUGACUUUAGUCGACGGAAUUCGGCGGCGACAACGGUGAGUCACUGUUCCAGCUGCAGUUGCAGCUCCGCCCAGCAACGCCAACAGAGUCGGGCCAAAGUGCUGAGAUGGGGCUGGGAAAAAACAGGAGGUGUUGACACCAGCAACAAAGGCUUCAUCACCGGCAGCACCAGAAACAACAACAACUACGAUAAGUACACGGAGAAUCGACGUAUCUACGAACAGAGCGCAUGCGUUGCCAGUCGUCAGAUGAGCCAAGGUCAGGGUCAGGUUCAUAGUUCCAGCUCAGCGUCAUCACCACGCCCAGGGCCCAGCCCAAUAAAUAAACAUUCUACAGACGAGCUGCAACAGCUUCGAGCCCUGCAGCAGUUCCGGCUCUCGAACGUAAGCGAUUGCUUCAGCGAUGGCCGCCAGGAUGAAUUGCGUCUGCAGCAGGCCUAUGAUAAGUUGAGUGGCCACAAAAUGGACAAGUGGAACAAGAACCGGGCGAACGAGAGCCGACAACAGGAAAUGAACGAUACAACCACGCCCUACGCCUUACGUCAGAAGUUGCUGCAACUGAGAUUGCAGGAGGAGCAGAAAAGUGGCAGAGGGACGGGUGCUGUUUGUGCCCCUCUGGAGAAAAGUUGCGCCUUGAGAUACAAUUGACGAAGGGAUAAUUGAAAAAUAAAUAUUUAGUAAUAUGAGUAAAGAUACAUUUUAAGAGCUAUAGUAAAAACUAAGAAUUAUCAGGGAACAAUGUAUUAAAUAAAAAAAUUACUGUUAAAGAUCGAGACUAAAUAAACCAAUAAAAAAUAAUUGUUUUUUCUCAAUCAUAAAUUAUAUUUUUAAAAUAAAACUCCAUGUAUUUUUUUAUUGCUAGUAUUUAUUUCAUUUUCCUUUUAAUAAAACAGUGCUAUUUUGUUACAAGUGCUUCAUCAUUGUGUUCUCUUUGUUUAAUGUUUACUUUUUGCUUAAUUUUUUUUUAUUCCGUUUUUUUUUAUUUGUUUAAUUUUUUUUUGUUGGGCUUUCACAUUCUUGCAAUUUUAGUUUUAUGUUUUUGCUGCUGAAUGAAUUAACGUGUUAUUCCCCUUUGUCUUUUUAAAUUUAUCCUUCAAAAUUAAUUACAUUCUGACUUUCUUCGUUUUUUUUUUGUUUUUUGCAUUAUGCGAUAUUAUGUUUUAAAUUUCUUAAAUGUCUUGUGUGGGGUUUGCAAACAGCCGAUCUCGUACUGAAUCGCGAUAUUUCAAUUACAUAUAUAGUCGUAAAUAUACGUUGAAUUCAUUACAACAUUUAACAGAGUACUAGAGUGUGAAUUAGACGAGGACUCGCUUUGGGUUUCGUAUUUCAUAUUCGUUUCAGCAUUUUGCUUUUGUUUUUGUUUUGGUUUUGGUUUUUCCAUAGGUUACGCGAUUGUUUUUUUAGUAAGGUUUGGUUUGGUUGGCUGAGGGGCGGGCGAGG